AUGGUUGACCUAGGUAUAUGUGGAGAUUGUGUGGUUGACCUCGGUAUAUGUGGAGAUUGUGUGGUUGACCAAGGCACAUGUGGAGAUUGUGUGGUUGACCAAGGUACAUGUGGAGAUUAUGUGGUUGACCUAGGUACAUGUGGAGAUUGUGUGGUUGACCUAGCCACAUGUGGAGAUUGUGUGGUUGACCUCGGUGUAUGUGGAGAUUGUGUGGUUGACCUAGCCACAAGUGGAGAUUGUGUGGUUGACCUAGCCACAAGUGGAGAUUGUGUGGUUGACCUAGCCACAAGUGGAGAUUAUGUGGUUGAUCUAGCCACAAGUGGAGAUUGUGUGGUUGACCUAGCCACAAGUGGAGAUUAUGUGGUUGACCUAGCCACAAGUGGAGAUUGUGUGGUUGACCUAGCCACAAGUGGAGAUUAUGUGUUUGACCUAGCCACAAGUGGAGAUUGUGUGGUUGACUUAGCCACAAGUGGAGAUUAUGUGGUUGACCUAGCCACAAGUGGAGAUUGUGUGGUUGACCUCGGUAUAUGUGGAGAUUGUGUGGUUGUCCUAGCCACAUGUGGAGAUUGUGUGGUUGACCUAGCCACAUGUGGAGAUUGUGUGGUUGACCUAGCCACAAGUGGAGAUUAUGUGGUUGACCUAGGUAUAUGUGGAGAUUGUGUGGUUGACCUCGGUAUAUGUGGAGAUUGUGUGGUUGACCAAGGCACAUGUGGAGAUUGUGUGGUUGACCAAGGUGCAUGUGGAGAUUAUGUGGUUGACCUAGGUACAUGUGGAGAUUGUGUGGUUGACCUAGCCACAUGUGGGGAUUGUGUGGUUGACCUCGGUGUAUGUGGAGAUUGUGUGGUUGACCUAGCCACAAGUGGAGAUUGUGUGGUUGACCUAGGUAUAUGUGGAGAUUGUGUGGUUGACCUAGCCACAAGUGGAGAUUGUGUGGUUGACCUAGCCACAAGUGGAGAUUAUGUGGUUGACCUAGCCAAAAGUGGAGAUUGUGUGGUUGACCUAGCCACAAGUGGAGAUUAUGUGGUUGACCUAGCCACAAGUGGAGAUUGUGUGGUUGACCUAGCCACAAGUGGAGAUUAUGUGGUUGACCUAGCCACAAGUGGAGAUUGUGUGGUUGACCUAGCCACAAGUGGAGAUUAUGUGGUUGACCUAGCCACAAGUGGAGAUUGUGUGGUUGACCUAGCCACAAGUGGAGAUUAUGUGGUUGACCUAGCCACAAGUGGAGAUUGUGUGGUUGACUUAGCCACAAGUGGAGAUUAUGUGGUUGACCUAGCCACAAGUGGAGAUUGUGUGGUUGACCUCGGUAUAUGUGGAGAUUGUGUGGUUGUCCUAGCCACAUGUGGAGAUUGUGUGGUUGACCUCGGUGUAUGUGGAGAUUGUGUGGUUGACCUAGCCACAAGUGGAGAUUGUGUGGUUGACCUAGCCACAAGUGGAGAUUGUGUGGUUGACCUAGCCACAAGUGGAGAUUAUGUGGUUGAUCUAGCCACAAGUGGAGAUUGUGUGGUUGACCUAGCCACAAGUGGAGAUUAUGUGGUUGACCUAGCCACAAGUGGAGAUUGUGUGGUUGACCUAGCCACAAGUGGAGAUUAUGUGUUUGACCUAGCCACAAGUGGAGAUUGUGUGGUUGACUUAGCCACAAGUGGAGAUUAUGUGGUUGACCUAGCCACAAGUGGAGAUUGUGUGGUUGACCUCGGUAUAUGUGGAGAUUGUGUGGUUGUCCUAGCCACAUGUGGAGAUUGUGUGGUUGACCUAGCCACAUGUGGAGAUUGUGUGGUUGACCUAGCCACAAGUGGAGAUUAUGUGGUUGACCUAGGUAUAUGUGGAGAUUGUGUGGUUGACCUCGGUAUAUGUGGAGAUUGUGUGGUUGACCAAGGCACAUGUGGAGAUUGUGUGGUUGACCAAGGUGCAUGUGGAGAUUAUGUGGUUGACCUAG